UUUAUUUUUGAAUCAAAUCAACAGUCACCAACGUUUUCAUUCUGGUCAUCUUUCAUCGAAAUGGUAGAACUGUUAUUAUUGUUCAUUAAUGCCACACGCUGCAGUGAUUGGAACCUUCAUUUAUCAACUAUUAGAUCUAUUUUACCUUGGUGUUUCAGCUAUGAUCGAGUUAACUAUUCUAGGUAUCUCUCAGCAUAUUGGUUAGAAAUGACGUUGAUCAACGAAACACAUCCUGGGAUUAAAAACGAACUAUCGAAGCAAUGGACAGUCCAACGGCAGACUGAAUAUGGUUUCUCAUCAGUUGCCUGUGAUCAAGCCAUUGAACAAACAGCUAAUCGCGAUUGCAAAACUACUGCUGGUAUUAUUGGGUCUACCUUACACCAGGGAGUAGUUCAUCGGUGGAUUUUAGCUCAGAGUGAUAGAGCUGCAAUAACGAGUGAAUGCGAAACGAUGGCUGGCAUCAGUAUAAAUAAAAGGUUCAGAAAAGAUCUCGAUCAGCUUAGAAUACUAAAAGACGAGGAAAAUGUUCAAAAUGUAAUGAAUGCCAUUGAUGCAAUGAUAAAUCCUUUUACAAUUGAAAGCAAAGAAUUACUUAACAUCUCAACAGGUUCGGUUGCGUCCACUGAUAUUGAAUCUGAUCUUCAAAAUGCUCAUGAUAUAGGGGAUAAACAGUUUACCUCUUUUGUCAAUGAGAAACUCCUGUGUGAAGAUCCUGAUAUAUUUUCGACAAUAAAGCGAAAUAGUUUAAAAACAUUUGCUAGCCUAAAGAAGUUAACAAAAUCUAAGUCCUCUAAUGGCAAACUAAUUACGUUAAAGAAUGACAGAGAUUUGUUUGCUAGGCUAGUGCUAAUUGGUAAGGCCAGAGAUGUCGACGUAAAAGAGAUACUAAAAUAUUCAUUGAGAGUGUAUCCAAUGUCUUUAUCAACAAUCACAGGCUCACUAGUUAAAACGUGCAAGGCUAAGUUGCUAAACGUUAUUGAAGCAACAUGUAAUGAUUUUAUUGUGACCACUACUCCUGCAGAAAAUGCACUACUUAUUGAUGCUAUGGCAAUUUUACAAAUGAUAAAUACAAUACCCAAUACAUUUAAUCAUCUAGCUAAUGAAAUACUUCAACAAGUAAUAAGAUUAGCUACUUUUCAUAAAUCAUCUCGUGUUGAUUUCGUAUCUGAUCGCUACCCAUUAAUUAGCACUAAGAACGCUGAAAGAGAAAAACGUGCACAAUCAGGUACACAAGCAUUUACCAUCUACAGUGGUACACAAAAUGUACCAAAGCAGUGGAAAAAAUUUAUGUCCCUUGGACGAAAUAAAGAGGAGCUAAUUAAUUUUUUAUUCAUGUCUUGGUGUGAAUGUGAUCCACAAAUUCUUGGCAAUAUAAUUCUCUACAUCACACAAAAGAACUUAUGUUACAAAAUUCAGUCCAUUGACAACCAUAUUAUAGUAACUGAAGUCCCUGAGCUUGCCAGUGACCACGAAGAAGCAGAUACAAGGUUAGUUUUACAUGCAUCACAUGCAUCGCUGGACUACCAAAACAUUGUAAUUAGAAGUCCUGAUACUGAUGUAUUUGUAUUUGCUCUGUCAACUUGUCUUCCGUCAACAGCAUACUUCGAUACUGGUGUUGGUAACAAACGCCGCAUUAUCAAUAUAAAAAAAUGUGAAUCUGAUCUCGGUAAUGAUUUGUCGAUUGCUAUGACCGGAUUUCAUUUGUUUACAGGUUGCGAUUCAACAAGUGCAUUUUAUGGAAAAGGAAAAGCAAUCGCUUUCAAAGUCCUACGGAAGAAAGCGAAGUACUUAGAUGCUUUUAAAACUUUAGGUGAUUCAGUACCACCAUCUGAUGAACUAGUAAAUAUACUGGAAACAUAUGUCUGUGAUUUAUACGGGGCUGAACAAGAAGAAUCAGUUAAUUCCGCUCGUUACAUAUUAUUCAAAUCUGGUAAAUUUAGCGAGGAAGCGUUACCACCAAAUAAAGAUUCGCUUGUUCAACACAUUAAAAGAGCUAAUUAUGAAGCUUUUAUCAGAAAACGAUCAUAUAUAGCAGUGAUUAACCCACCAAGUCCUUUUGGAAAUGGUUGGUUUAAUGAUCAAGGUUCAAUUGCCAUAUCUUGGAUGGAAAUGCCUGCUGCACCCGAUUCGUUGCUUGAUUUUGUUCACUGUUAUUGCCGUGAUUGUUCCACUAAAAGAUGUUCUUGUAAUAAAGCUGGUGUAGUUUGCACAGACCUUUGCAAAUGUAAUGGUUGCAGAAAUCAUGGUGGUGACCAUCAAGAAGCGGAUGAUGAUAACCAAUCAGAUGAAUCAUACGAGUCUGAGUCUGAUAAUGAUUAG